UUGGUGGAAUCCUCAUCAUCAAUAGCUGAAAGGGAAGAUCAUAUUGACUCGAAUUCUGAGAGAGCUACACCAACUCCUAUCUUCACAACUCAGCCUGAAAGAGAAUGGAACUUGGAACUCAUUCCUGAAGGGGAGGAUACAAAAAUGGAGAUCCAAGAACAUAAUGAGAAAGAUGCUCAGGCCAAAGGGAACCAGGAUAAGAAGCAGAUAGGCAAGAUGUGGAAAAGAACAUCAGCCAAAGUUGGGAGACUUGCAAGACAGGAGAAUCAAUUGACCAUCAUUAAGGAGGCACUAAAGGUGGCCUUCUUUUAUGUUGGGAUAUGA